AUGUGUUGGUUGGCCCAUUUUUGCUUCGGGAGAAUCGUUGAGGAGCCAGCGAUAGCGGGGACGGUCGAAGAGGCAGCGGUGGCAGCAAAGCGGGCGGCCGCGCGAGCCAGGGCCGACGCCACCGCAGCCGACGCGUUGGUAGCCGAGGCACUGUUCGCCGAUGCUCAGACCACCGGUGGUCUCUCAAGAGAUUCGCCGUACGCCAGAGUGCUAGCUGAAGAUGCCGCGAGAGUGAAGGAUCGGUUAGAUGAGGCCCGAUUCGCCGAGGUUCUUAGUGACGACGGGAUACUUGAGGACCCUGUUAGGCAGCAGGCAUUUGUAAGCGGUCAUGAUGAGAGCGAGAGGCAGCAGGAACGGCAGCAGCAGCAGCAGCAGCAGCCACGAGCGCUUGCCGGGGAGCGACGACCACCUGUCGAGGUGCGUAAAGUUGACGAUGUGGGUUCAGCAGCAGCCGCAGCAGCGACACCCCCAGCGCCAGUACCGGCAGCACCAAGAGUAUUGCCCAGGGACCCUGACUCAAUAUCAACAACCACGGGGGGGGCAGCUUCGCCGCCACCAGGAGUCAGACAUACGGGAGAGCGAGGGGCAAGAGAAGCACUACCCCCGGAGACAUCCAGAUCAACCGCGACCGAUGCAAUAGAGGACUGUCUGAAGGAAGACGGCGUAAGAGAAGACGUCCCCGACGUAGAUGAACCUGCAUCUGAGAACGAGCAGCACCGUCAGCGGUGGUCGUCCAUGAAAGUGGUCUCCCUGAAAGAAGAGCUUCGAAGUCGUGGCCUGAAAGUUUCGGGCAAGAAGGCGGAGCUCGUGGAGCGCUUGUUGCGAGCGUGAUGUUCAGUCUUUGUGGUCUAGACACGCUGUUCGGAGCUGUUGUCGUUUGAAGUAUUUUUUCACACGGCGACCGAAACGGGUUGUUUUCGCAUCUUGACGCUUCUACUGUAGGCUUUUCAGGGAUUGAACAAACGCGAUUGGAAAGAGCCGUGAGAAUAUUUGAUGACAGACACAUUUACCGACCAGGGCAAUGUUUUGGCCGGUCGGAACUUCUUGAUAUGGAUGUGAAUGUAGGUUUUUCUUAUUGAAUGAUACCACAUGAGAUGGUGGGCAGGUUUGUUUGUGAUGUUCCACAGGUUUCCCACGUAUCCGUUGUGUUCAUGAGAGCAUGUACAUCAAUGACGUCGUCCAGGCGCGAAUCUUGUGAGGGGAGAAAAACACGGACUAAGCCUCUCGGAAAACGAUAUGAACGCUGUCAAGUUCGCAUAUUGCAGACGUUCGACAUACCUUGGAUUUGCUGCUUUCGUCCCUCGACGUAUCCACCGAUGAUCUUCCUCGAUCCAUUAAGAAAGAUGAACUUAUAUCACUAAAUAGGUGAAGG